GGAGGACCCCUCCACUCUUCUGCUCUUGUCAGUCAACUAAUAACCGAAAUAGAAAAUGGCUGUAUGGCGUCAUCUGUCGGACAAAAAAAGAAAGUGAAUCCACAACACCACCAGAGGGCUCUGUCGUCCAAGUCAAAGACUCACCCGGCAAUCUUCGGCUCCGGAAGAUGCUUUUGGCAGGUCGCUGAUACUGUGUAACUGCACGUUUCCAAGUCACCAUGCCAGUAGAUGGAUUAGAGGACCAGGCCCCCUCCUCCCUGUCUGGGCCGGCCAGUGCUGCUCUCACUAGGACAGGUUCAGAGGAGAAUGGAGGCUCAGCACUUUUUUCUCAGGGCCCUGAGGCUGCGUCUCCCUGUACAGCUGUCAACGAGGCUGGGGAUGGCAAUUGUGGCGGUAAGAGGGCCGGAGCUUUGGUGCACAUCGACCGCCAGCGCAUCCAAGCGGCGUCGGCCAGUUCUGGGGCUGUCGAGUUGCUGGGUCUCGGCGUGGCCGUCUAUGACCAGGAUGUCCUGGAGCGAGGCGUCAUGCGGCAGGUAGACGAGGCCAUCCGGGAGGCCAGUCAGGGUGCUGCCAAAGCCGAGGCCAAGAAGGAGUACGAGAUGGUGCUGGAUGACGUCAGGUCUGUGACGUUAUCUCUGAAGCAUAUCAAUAAGAUCAUUGAGCAGCUAUCCCCUUAUGCAUCAUCGAGUAAAGACAUCAGCAGGAAGAUUGAAUCUGUCCAAAGGCAGAAAGAAAAUAAGGAGAAGCAAUUCAAAAAGGUUCAAGCCAAACAGAAGCGGCUUCAGGCUAUUUUGGGAGGCGAAGUUACCCAAAGGUUUGAAGAUGAGCUUUUGCCAGAGGAUGCCGAAGACGCAGAGCCUGGGCCUUCCACGCUGGGCAGCAUGCUCAUGCCAGCCCAGGAGACCGAGUGGGAGGCGCUGAUUCGGACAGGUCACAUGACACCUUUUGGUACGCGAAUCCCACAGGAGGAGGUGAAGAAGGAACCUCGCAAACUGAUGCUGGCCGAGAACUCUGCAUUUGACCAGUACCUGGCUGACCAGGCCAAGCUGGCGACCGAAAGGAAGAAGAGGACUCUUGUGAAGAAAAAGAGGAGCUCUGGUACUCAUGGGCCAGGAUCCAAAGGAACUGAAUCCUCUCCGAAGGAUAAGAAAAUGCGUAGGCGCAUGCAAAAGCUCCAGAUAACUGCUCUGAAGGCUCAUCCCAAGGCGAGACCAAAGAUUGAGCCACGAGCACCAAAACCAAAGAGAACACCUCAAAUUGAAGGCGACGAGGUCGACAGCGACGGCUCUGAGUACCUGCCGAGCGACGAAUGCUUUGAUCCUGACCAAGAGGAACGAGAUGCCAUAGAAGAAGGCUUUGGGGAAGAAGGUGACAAUGAUGAGUACGAGUUGAAAGCGUUCAAGAGGAAGAAUGAAGCAAAGGGCAGGAGGCCAGUCAAGAAACAGAAGAGUGUUGAUGAGUAUUCUGAUGAAAGUUCAGAUGAAGAGAAUGACGCCAAGAGUAAAGGAAAGAAAUGCAAAGAUGACGGGGAUGUGGACUGUUACAGACAGCGAAUAAGGAGGUGGAAGCGACGGCGUCUUAUAGAAAGGGAACAGAGGAGGGAAGGAGGUGAGGAGCUGACAGACGACAGCGACGCAGAGUUUGAUGAAGGCUUCAAGGUACCCGGGUUCCUCUGGAAGAAACUUUACAAGUACCAGCAGACUGGAGUGCGGUGGUUGUGGGAACUCCAUUGUCAGCAGGCAGGAGGCAUCCUGGGAGAUGAGAUGGGUUUGGGUAAAACCAUUCAGAUCAUCUGCUUCCUGGCUGGACUGAGCUACAGCAAGCUGAGGACCCGGGGAUCCAACUACAGGUAUGUUGGUCUGGGCCCCACCAUCAUUGUGUGUCCUGCUACGGUCAUGCACCAGUGGGUGAAGGAGUUCCACACCUGGUGGCCACCUUUUAGAGUCUCUGUUCUUCAUGAAACGGGCUCCUUCACCAGCAACAAGGAAAAGCUGAUUCCUGAGAUAGCAUCAUGUCACGGCAUCCUGAUAACCUCAUAUAGUGCAGUGAGGAAACUGCAGGACACACUGCAACGCUACGACUGGCACUACAUCAUCCUGGAUGAAGGGCAUAAGAUCAGAAAUCCAAAUGCUGCAGUCACCACAGCCUGCAAACAGUUUCGCACCCCCCACAGGUUCAUCCUGUCCGGCUCACCCAUGCAAAACAAUUUGAAGGAGCUCUGGUCUCUGUUUGACUUUGUCUUUCCUGGGAAACUGGGCACUUUACCCGUUUUCAUGGAGCAGUUCUCUGUUCCCAUCACCAUGGGAGGAUACAGCAAUGCUUCACCUGUCCAGGUCCAGACGGCGUUCAAGUGUGCAUGCGUGCUGAGAGACACCAUCAAUCCUUACCUCCUUCGAAGAAUGAAGGCAGACAUCAAGGACAACCUUUCCUUACCUGACAAAAAUGAGCAGGUUCUAUUUUGCAGGUUAACGCAAGAGCAGCGGCAGGUUUAUCAGAGCUUCUUAGACUCCAAAGAAGUCUACCAGAUACUCAACGGGGACAUGCAGGUUUUCUCCGGCUUAAUAGCAAUGCGUAAGAUGUGCAACCACCCGGAUCUUUUCUCUGGCGGCCCCCGACUGCUGAGGGGGAUCCGCGAGGAGGAACUGACCGAAGAGGAGCACUUUGGCUACUGGAAACGCUCGGGCAAGCUGAUCGUGGUGGAGUCUCUUCUCCGCCUGUGGUUGAAACAGGGCCACAGAGUCCUGCUCUUCACGCAGUCUCGACAGAUGUUGGACAUCUUGGAGGUUUUUGUCAGGCAGAACCACUACACGUACCUGAAAAUGGACGGCACUACCACCAUAGCUUCCCGACAGCCCCUUAUCGCCCGCUACAACGAGGACAAAUCUAUAUUUGUCUUCUUGUUGACGACUAAAGUGGGAGGUCUUGGAGUCAAUUUGACUGGAGCCAACAGGGUCAUCAUCUAUGACCCAGACUGGAACCCCAGCACUGACAUUCAGGCAAAGGAGCGGGCAUGGAGGAUUGGUCAAAAGCAGCAAGUAACCAUCUACAGGCUCCUCACUGCAGGGACCAUUGAGGAGAAAAUUUACCACAGGCAAAUUUUUAAACAGUUUCUGACCAACCGUGUCCUGAAGGACCCCAAACAACGCCGCUUCUUUAAGUCCAAUGAUAUCUAUGAACUCUUCACUCUCGCUGACCCUGAUGAAAAGCAGGGUACAGAGACCAGUGCUAUAUUUGCAGGUACAGGGUCUGAUGUCAAGGCACCUAAAAAACCUGACAGAAGGCACUAUAGUAAACACUCCAAAUCCGACCAGAAUGAAACGUAUGCAAACAACAGACAUUCUUUAUUAAACAUUUCUGCAUCUACUUGCAGAAACUUAUCUCAGGGUCAAUCAAAUAGUACCACGGAUUCCCCAAACCAACAAAAUGGCAUGGAUACAGAUUCGCAUUUAUCAUCCUCCAGACAAAAAAACGACAUGGGCCUGAAGUGCAGGCAGAAGAGGAAGCACUGUGAGCUCAAUGAUGAAGAAAGGCACAAAAGUAAGAAGCGUAAACGUGAAAAGGACGCUCGCUUCGAGGGCCAGCGCAUUUCUCAUUUGGUAAAGAAAAGAGACUAUAGGAAGGUAGAUGCUGAAGAGCAUGCUGAAGAGCAUGCUGAAGACCAGAGGAAAUCUGACGAUUACGUUUUGUCGAAGCUCUUCAAAAAGUCUGGAAUCCACAGCGUGAUGCAGCACGACUCCAUCAUCGAGUCCUCAAAUCCAGACUAUGUUCUGGUUGAGGCAGAAGCCAACAAGGUGGCCAAAGAUGCCCUGAAGGCACUCAAAGUGUCCCGUCAGCAGUGCAGGCUGGUCCUUAGUCGAGGCCCGCCACCGCUCGCACGGAAACGCUUUGGACAAAAGAAGAAUUCUCUUCUGGUCGGACCAUCUGUGCAGACGCUCCCCAAUUCCAACAAGUGCAAGGAUGCUGCUAUCGUAACAAAAUCAAAGAAGCCUGAUUCAGGGGCUCAUUUCAGCGGGGAAGUAGCUGAAAGUGACUCUAGGCCAGCCCCUCUAUCCUCAUCCACCCUGCUGGCCCAGAUGAGAAAGCGCAACCACCUCAGCCAGCCCUCCGUGAGAGAGGAGGAAGAAGACGGAGAACAGGACGGGGCCGAGAGCUCACAUGCCGCUCUGAGUACCGAGCACGACGAGCUGCUGGCGGACCUGCGCAACUUUGUGGCCUUCCAGGCACGAGUGGACGGACAGGCCAGCACGCAGGAAGUGCUGGAGUACUUCAAACCCAGACUGAGCGUGAAGCAGGCGCCCGUCUUCAGAGAACUGCUCAGGAGCAUUUGUGACUUUCAAAGGAGGUCUGGACAGGAGGGCCUCUGGAGGCUCAAGGAGAACUUCCGCUGAGAGCAGAGACAACCGCUACCACCUCAACUAUUUCCGUACAGUGGAUCAUAAUCCAUUCUGUGAUGUAAAAUUUAUGAGAUGUUCAUACUGUAUUUUGAGGUUCCGCUCCACUAUUUAUACUGUUUUGUUUUGUUCUUGCCAACUGUAAUGAAAACUAAUAUUGCGACAGUCUCUUUUACCAAUGACUCUUUUAUACGAAUGAAACUUGAAUACAACGAACAAGUGGACAACAUGAUCUCAGUCAGUUUGUCUUCAACUCCGGCACAAAUUGUGCAAUCAACUGCAGUGCCUGAUCAAGCACUUCUGCCAAUUGGUUCCUUUAUUGUAUUUGUCCGUUAAGUUUAUUCUAUUUGAAUUUAUGUAAGUGUUUUUCACACUGUUUACUCACAUAUGUGCUACAGUCAUUACCUCAGAUUUUGAUCAUAUUUGUGAAGGAAUAUGGUCUUUUAUAAUCCAACUGGUUAAAUGUCAUGAUUUUGUAAAAAAAAAAAAAUAAUAAUAAAAAUAAAAUUGGGAUUUGAUCUGUGCAGGAAUGGGAUGUGCAAUACAUAAACCUUUUCAACAUGCCGGGUUAUUUGGCUUAUAUGUGUUUGUUUUGCCUUACGGUUGAACUCCAUCUGUGAUGCUACCUGACUCCCGAAUGGUUUCACAGAAAUAUAUAUAGUCUUAAGUGUGAAAUCAAAAAUAA